AUGGGCAUCCUCCAAAGCUGUCUUGCAAGAAAUAACAAAGUUGGGGUGAUGGGAAAGGAAGAAGCUGAGGAGUACGAGAAGGUGAUUCGUGCAAUGGUCACCGAAGAAGUGACGGAGAAGAAGGGGGGAGUAGCAUUUGGCUUGUCCUUCAUCUCAGAGGAGGGGACACCGAAACCAGUGCCGAGCAGACUGGUGUGCAGUGACAAAGAGGAGGACUUUGAGAAAUGGAGAGAAAAUCAGGCAAAGGCGCAGGCAGAAAAGCAGGAGCAGGCGCAACAGCGAAGAGAGGAAUCUCUUGUACAGAAGAAAAUUGAAAAUGCUCACAAAGAGAUGGAGAGACUUGAAAAAUAUGUGAAUGUCAGUGAUGGUUAAACCUCAAGAUUCAAGACAUGCGCAUCCGUGUUAUCCAACAGACGGUACAUUGAAUAUGUUUUCCAGGUUAACGCAAACGAAGUAC